CAUGGCGAACACUGGCAGCGGCUCUCUCGCGACUAUUCUCUUUUUAUUCAUGCUUCAAGCGGCUCUUCACAAAGGAGCUGCACAGGACCCAGUGGUGAGUCAGAACCUGGUGACGGACAAUGUGUCUGUGGUGGAGGGCGAGAUGGCGAUCAUCAGCUGUCGGGUGAAGAACAACGACGACUCGGUCAUCCAGCUGCUCAACCCCAACAGACAGACGAUCUACUUCAGAGACAUGAGACCACUGAAAGAUGUUCGCUUUCAGCUGGUGAACUUCUCAGACAACGAGCUGCGGGUGUCUCUGUCUAAUGUCUCGCUGUCAGACGAGGGUCGAUAUGUUUGCCAGCUCUACACAGACCCCCCGCAGGAAGCCUACGCUGACAUCACUGUGCUAAUUCCUCCAGGUAACCCCAUCAUCGAAGCGCGGGAUGAGGUCCUGAGCGAGGGCAACGAGACAGAGAUGACCUGCACUGCCAUGAGCAGUAAGCCUGCCGCCACCAUCAGAUGGAUGAAGGGAGAUAAAGAGCUUCCAGGCAAGCCCAGAGUUGAGCUGACCUACGACAAGAUGUACACAGUAACCAGCCGGCUGACAUUCACCGUCAGUAAAGAGGAUGAUGGAGUACCUGUGGUUUGCAUCGUAGACCACCCUGCAGUCAAGGACUUCCAAGCACAGAGAUACCUGGAGGUGCAGUACAAACCAGAGGUGAAGAUCGUGGUGGAGUUUCCUCAGGGUCUGACCAGGGAAGGAGAGAACCUGGAACUGACGUGUCAGGCCAAAGGCAAACCCCAGCCUCAGCGGGUGAACUGGGUGAAGGUGGAUGAUGAUGUGCCGUCCCACGCCGUCAUCACUGGCGGUGAUCUGUACAUCGAAAAUCUAAACAAGUCCUACAACGGGACCUAUCGCUGCGUUGCCGCCAACUCGGUGGGGGAGUCUUUCGACGACUACAUCCUCUACGUCUAUGAUGCUCCCACCACUACCCCUAUACCCACCACAGCCACCACCACCUCCACCAUCAUCACCACCACCAUGUCCUACCCCGAAGGCAAUCCAGACACUGCGCCCAGCACUGAACCUGCAGCUCAUGAUUCUCGAGCUGGAGAAGGAACACCCAGAACGGUGGACCAUGCAGUCAUCGGUGGAGUGGUGGCCGUGGUCGUCUUCGCCAUGCUGUGUUUACUCAUCGUCUUGGGGCGCUACUUUGCGAGACACAAAGGUACCUACUUCACACACGAAGCCAAAGGAGCGGAUGACGCCGCAGACGCAGACACAGCCAUCAUCAACGCAGAGGGAGGCCACACCAACUCGGACGAAAAGAAAGAGUACUACAUCUAAUCAAACAGGACCCCUCACUACGGUGUCCUCUUUGGGACACUAAGCUGUUUCUGGGGCUUGGGCGUGGGGGGAGGACGGGGAAGGGAGGGAGGGGGGUAUGAGUUGGUUCACUUUUAGCGCGAGUAGAUGGGUCAAAGAGAGAGACGGGGUUUUAAAGAAAGGCCUGGUUUUAAGCCGUUGUUUAGUCUAGUCUGCAGAUGUAGAUGGAAUGUUUUGUGUGUAAAAAUAUUAAAAAUCAAAAAAGGACAAAAAUUUGGGAGGGUCCGGGGGUUUUCGGUAAAAUAAGAAGGGGUUUUGGGGGGGGGGGGGGGGGGGGGACUGUGCGCCAGUCGUUGCCAGAAAUCACUGUAGAGAGCUUCACCAUUCAACACCUCCCUAACUGCUGGUACGAAUUUUAUUUAGUUCAACCAUUUGCAGAAAAUUCUGUGCCUUGUUCUAUCCAUACUUUGGAUUUGUGUUGAUCCUCAUUUGCAUAACCUUGUUGCUUCCCCUUUCCCCUGUUUCAUCUUUCCCACUCAUAAUUAUCGAUGUGCUGUUGGCUUUUGUAUGAGGGUAAAAAUUACACAGCCACUUUAUUCAUUUCCCUAAAUGUGUCUGCACACACACACACACACACACACACACACACACACACAAACACACACACGUCCUCUCCUGCAUAACAAAAACUCUCUUUCCAGUAUACUGUGAUUUGUCUCAAGCCAUUACUUCCCUCUCUCGUUUUUUCCUUGAAUAUUUUGACAGCUCCAAAAAUGCAUGGAAUGCUUUACAUAUCAUUGUAUAAAGGACAUAAAUGAGAAACAGGUUUGAUGUACUGUACACGCCCCACCUGUCCCCUCCUAAAAGAACAACCACAUUCAAAUCAAAAAGAAGGCAGCAAACAAUAACAUGACAAGAUUUUAUCGGGAAUAUUCAUCUAAUUCAUGUUUUGAAACCUCAAUUUGUUUUUCAGAACACAUCUCCCACAGCCUCUUUAACAAUUACCUGUCUUAGUAAAGCAAAGUAAUACAUUAUUUUUCCUCUCUGUGCUGCCAUUUCAUUAUGAUUCCUCAGUUCAGCGCUAUUUUCCUUCUAUUACGCUGAAUGGAAGCUCUGUUUUUCCUCCAGCUUUUAUUGAGUUGUAGUGAUGAGAUUCAAAUGAUUUCCAUCUGCUCUCACUCGAGAAUAUUUUGUCUUACAAAUGGGAGAGUAAGGAAAUGUAAAUUGUUUUAAAAAUGCUUUUUGGCAGACUCUCAGUCAAGAUGCCUCAGUAAUAAAAGGCUGUUGAAAAAAAAAAACAUUGAGGAUUUAUGUUGGCCACCAGCAGCCAAAAGAUGCUGGUUUUACUGUACAUAACUUUACAAAAAGAAACAAACCCCGAAAUGAGACACAGUCAAAUUUAUUUUUGGAACACAUACGCUGCACAAACAGAAAAAAAGAAAGGUCAUGCAGUCCAGGUUUUCCCAUCAGAGGGUCAUGUUAUCUCAUGAAAACACAAUCCAAUGUAAAUCAAGCCAACGGAAUCACUGCUGUAUUGUACACUAAUCCUUACUAAGAAAUAUUUUUUACAACUUACUAGAACUACAAUGGAGUACCUUUGUGGAUUUUAUCGUAUCACGCUCAUUGUGAGUUUUGUCAAUCAAGCAAAUGUUUGGGAAACUAAAUGUCUUGAACCUGAAAUGCUGAGAGACGGGCCAGGCUUUCCACUCCCAUCACACCUUCUGAAUCUUUAUUUUGCUUUAGUGCAGCAGCUUGAGUGCUUAAACGUGAUCAUUUUUUGCAUGUGUGUACGUGCUGAAACUCAUUCCCUCUGCUUCUCUGUCUUGCUUUAUGUAUCACCUGCCAAAACUGAAUGAGGAUCUGUUUUGCCGUGCCAGCUGGGGAGCACUGAGGAAUGCCAAAAGUAAUUAAUUGUUUGUAACUGAAGUUAAUACACAUGUUGUGCUCGGUGGUGGGUUGCAUUAAUGCCCUGGCUUCUUAACAUGGCAAUGAGGGUUGUAUUCAUGGCAUUGUUUGUCAUUGUUAUGUGUUCACACAGCAAGCAGCUCGCUAAAUGAGCCCGUACUCCGCUCGACAGCUGCGGGUGGAUUAGGGUGGAGGUCUGAGUUUCAGUGUUUGUCUUCAAAGUUCAAAAACAUUAAAAAGGAAGGAUCAGUGAGACGGACAUACGUAUCUGUGAUCCAUUUGCACACUGUACGCUUCAACGUCCAGAUUAAGAACAUUUUGUGCAAUUUACAAAUCAAAUUGCAGCUUAAAUUCAAAACUUCAUUUGAGAACAAUCCAUUUUUAUUAAGCAUUUGGUAAAUAUAAGUAUUCUUAUUCAUUUAUUAUAUUGUUUAUUGGAUGCCGUUAAAGGUAAACAUACCAUGUUUUAGUUUUAGCUCAUCUGCUUGAAGAAGUUACUGUAACCUUUUGAAGACUGUUUUGCAUGUCUUUAAUGUCAAAUGAUGCGUUCCAUAAACUAGAAGACUGUGAAAAGACUUCUAAAGGACUUUGAUCUGACACCCCCUCACAUCUACAGAUGAUGUGUCAAGAUUUUGCAAAGGCUGGGGAUCUAGAAGGGUCAUUAACUGCAAGACUACAGCAAGAGUCAUAGCGCCUUUUGGGGCAGUGGUUAUCUAGUUAGUUAGCUAGCUAUAGCAUGGGAGAUUUCGUGGGCUGCAGUCAUUUCUAUCUACUCUUUCUCCUUUUCCAUGCAUGUUAAAGAGGCAUUUUAAACUCUCUUAACAACUCCACCAGUUUCCUUUCUUUUUCCAAAGGCCUCCCGCCAUGUUUGUUUUGCUAGAUUGCUGCUGGCAAGAGUGCCCCUAUUGGUUGUUGAAGGUCAUGUCAUUGAAUGUCAUUUUUUUGCAUGAGAAAAGAAUAAACAUCUGCAGUGAUAUUAAACACUAGGACAAGAUAAAGACUGCCUUAAAACAGCCCAGAUUGAGUUUUCCCACCUUACACCAAACAACCAGGAUCAUGAGAGCGCACCGAAGCCCAACUAAUGAUUGUACUCUUGACUCUGUGUUACUGUAGCUUGUAGUCUGCUGAGUUCUCAUUAUCACUCAUUUACUCAGUGUUCUGGUUUUCUAUCACACUCCAGUAGUUGGAUGAAGUAAUUCUUUGGGACGUAGCAGAGUUGCUUGUUGUGUGGACAUUCAUAUCCAAGAUUCAAGACUUCAUUGCCAUGUUUAUGCAUUUCGCUGUAAUUUGUCAAUGUGCACCUCAGAUUGCAACACAUUAUCAAUACGAUAGCUUUAAUAUAUCAUAGUCAUGCAUGAAGACAGCAUUCUGUCUGUCCAUACUCAAACCUUCUGGAGCAUAACACAUCUGUUGCUAAGUAUUUUUCUGCGAUUUUUAAAAACAGCCAGUGGGGUGGGUGGGAGCUGCGGGCAUAUUUUUAGCUUCUUCAUAGGAUGUGACAGUCGUAGUUGCGGGCUACAGGAGCGAUGUUGCAAACAUAGAUCCCAGAGGCUGUGUCCAACUCUCUCCAACGUUUUCUUCUUCUGUGAAAAACUUGAUUUUGAUUUAAAAUUCUGUACUCACAAAGGAAUUACCACUAAGUUAACACUGUAUGCUGAUGACACUGUUUUGUCUUUGUUACGUGGACGGGUGAGGGUGGGGGAGGGGUUCAGAUUAGGUUAGAUGUUUUCAGUCUGGUGUCUGAUGAAACUAUUAACUGACUUGUUAUUGUUGCUUUAUGAAUCACAGAGCAGAUGUCACUUCAUCUGUAAGACUGAGAUUGUGUGAUAUGUAUUUUACAGUGAGCACUAUUUCGCUUCAGUGACGUGGCAGCUUCCAUUUAAACCAGACUUCAAAAUAUGUACUUGCAAUAAAGGAACAGAACUGAACAUUGUCUUCUCCCUUAAGGCUGACGCAUUGAUAUUUUAUUGGUGAAUAUUAAACUUUUUGGGGGGGGAUUGAUCCGCAGGGGUGUUUUUCUAUUUUUCUUUCGCUUUUCAAAAGUUUGGAUAUAAAAAGGAACACAAAUAAAUCAUGAACAAACUGAAAGUUUCAUUUGAGCAUGAUUAUAUAUUCAGAAAUGUUGAGGGUUCAAUUUGAAGUAAACAAAAGUAUGAUCUUUUAGGUUUUUAUAAGCAUUAUUUAUUUUAUUUGAUGCCCUGUAAAGUAAAAAAAAAAAAGAACGACUUAGAUAUCCCCACAUUGAAUUCUUUUGAUAACGUCGUGUCUCUGGUUCAUGCGUUGCUGACCGAUGUGACUGCACCUCAGGUAGAAUGCAAAGUUAGGCCCCACCUUUUAAUGACAUGCUAGCAAGUACAAUGUAUCUUCAUCCAAUCAAGUGCAACACAUUACUUUAGAUCCAAGAGGGAAAUUGGUGAUAUUUUGCAUAUAUGUUGUACAUGUUUUCUGUAUUUUUCUUAAUAUUUGGUGCACUGUAAACGAUGUGUUGAGUAUUGCUUUGUGUUGACAUAGGUCAUAAAAAGUUCACUGUUUAUUGGAAUGAAGCCGGAUCAGAAACUUGUUGUGGCUGUACUACUGUCACUUUCAACACACCACCGCCUUUUGGAAGCUUGUUUGAUUCCCGAAAAAGUUUGAUUGUUUCACCAGUCAUUGUUUUUAGAUUGAUUCUUUUUUGUCUCUCUGCUGUUCUUGGGAAAUGUUAAUGUGUAUCAAUGGAGAAAAGGAGUUCCACAUUCCCAUACACAUUUUGUAUUGGUUCAUAAAUAGACAUUUUUACAAAACAAUGAAGAGUUCUUGUCUUAAUAAAAAAGAAAAGAUAUUAAUGUCCAAAAAUAA